AUGGCUGACGAAAUUAUGGCCGAGAAGAGACGUCUUACUUUCAAACGUGAACUUAUUGCUAAUCUUUUAUACGACAAAGAACGGGCAGAAGCUAGUGGAGUCGCUAUGACGGCUUUCGAAGAGUUGGGAGUGAUUCCUGAGUUGGGUGAUGCGGUAUCUGAACUCGGAUGGGAGUUACCAACCCCGAUUCAAUGUGAUGCGAUUCCGGCCAUUCUUGGCGGAGGUGAUGUCCUCAUAGCCGCAGAAACUGGUAGUGGUAAGACUGGAGCUUUCUCUUUACCAGUGGUUCAAAUAGUAUGGGAAAGGCGUAAAGAAGGAAUGAGUCCUGGCGUAAAAUCUUCCGUUGGUUGGCGACUAAACUUGGCCGACCGUGCCAUGGGAUUGUCAUUGUCCCAGGAUGGUUUGUCGUGUGAAAGCCGUGUUCCAAAGGCUUGGUAUGGCUCGAGGUGCAUGGGAGGUGUACAUUCCAAAGGCAAAUAUUAUUAUGAAGCCAAAAUAACGCGUGACGGCUUGUGUCGUAUCGGUUGGUCAACGUUGAAGGCGACACUGGACUUAGGCACUGACGACGAGAGUUUUGGUUUUGGUGGUACUGGUAAGAAGAGCACCAAACGAAAGUUUGAAGAUUAUGGCGAGUCUUUUACAACUGGUGAUGUAAUGGGGUGCUAUUUGGACCUUGACAAUGGAAGGAUGUGGUGGUCAAAGAAUGGCAAAGAAUUCGAAGUCGCCUUCCGAUUGGAGACAAAGUUCUCCAGUCCGCAUUGUGCAUUGCAUCCAGCCGUGCUGGUGCAGAAUUCUUCCCUGGAGCUUAACUUUGGCGCAACUCCUUUCGCUUUCCCUCCAAAAGAGGGUGUUAUUGCCGUUUGUGAAGCACCAUCAUCCCUUACAGAAUGGCGAGGCUUGGAAACUGAAAGCGACAAAAAUGACAAGGCUGCGGCACCGGUUUGCAUUGUGCUCGAACCUACCAAAGAAUUGAUAGAGCAAACUCACGACAAUCUCGUCAAGUUUUCGAAGAACGUCAGCGAUCCAAAAAUAAGGAGCAUCUCAUUGGCUGCCGGUGCUAGCAUGGGACAACUGCUUAGCGAGCUUGAUAGAGUGUUGAUAUUGUGA